AUGGGAGACGCGUAUGGCUGGCCCAUGCCCGGCCAACCCGGCAUGCAUGCCGACUACCUGCCGCCCCACUUUGACACCAGGCAGGCCGACUUUAAGCGUCACAUGGGACAGAGACCCCUGACGGCGGUGGACAUGCGCCAGCUGUCCCAGGCCCUCAUCGACGCGAGGGAGGGGACGGGCGAGGUCCGCUCCGUCCUGCUGCGCGCCUCUUUUAAGCCCCGUCUGCCAGGCCUCACUAAGAUGGUCAGCAAGCUGAGCAAGGAGGGGGCCUGGCGCAAGGCGCUGGAGGUGUACGAGACGGUGGAGGACCUGGGCCUGAUCCCGGACACCGCCCUCACCAACUCGGCCAUCAGCGCGUGCGACAAGGGCGGGCGCUGGCAGAAGGCGCUGGAGGUAUUUGAGAGCAUGGAGCGGCUGGGCCUGCCGCGCGACGCCAUCACCUACUCGGCCACCAUCUCCUCGCUGGCCAAGGGCAAGCAGUGGCAUGCCGCGCUGCAGGUGUUCAACCACAUGCGCGACGCGGGGGUGCCCGCCGAUGUCGUCACCUGCUGCAGCCUGAUCAACGCGCUGGAGCGCGGCGGGCAGUGGCAGCUGGCGGAGGCCCUCUUCCUGCAGAUGUGCUGUGUGGCCAAGGACGCCGAGGUGGGGGUGGUGGCGCCCAGGAAGGACGGCAAGGAGGAGGGCAAGGCGGGGGAGGUGUCGCCUUCGUCCGUCUUCGACCUCCUCCGCGUCCUGCCCCCGCCCGGCGCGUCCUCGCCGGGCGGGGGGGAGGUGCGGGAUGCCGGCGCGCCCGCGGGGGAGGGCGUGCCGGGGGGGGAGCCGUCCGACGGGACGGCGGACCGGCUGCUGGCCGACGGGGAGGAGCUGGCCUCCCGCCUGCGCAGCUCCCUGAGCCUGGGCGACGUCGAGCGUGCGACGCUGGGUGUGCCGGGGGCUGGGCCCGGCGCGGCGCGCGCGGGCGUCGCCGCCAGCCCCUUCAUCACCGCCGCCAGCCUGGCCGCGGGCAUCCGGCGCACGGGCAGCGACGCGCCGCUGCGCGCGGCCUCUGCGUCGGCCUCGGCCUUCGCCGCGCCCGGCGCCGGCCCACGCAUCGAGCGCAGCGUUUCGUUGUCCGCGCCGCAUGCGCCGCGCCGCGCGCUCAGCGGCGUGCACGAUGUGCAGGCCAGCGCGCACCUUCGCCGCGCCAUGACCAGCUUCGUGCCCGGGCCCGCGCCGGGGUCGCGCGCCGACACGCCCACGGCCGCCACCGUCGCGGGCGGCGGUCCGGGGGCGGAGGACGGCGCGUCGUCCGGCCUGCCGUCCAUGGGCGGCCUGUCCGCGCUGGGGUCGCCGGCGCGCGCGGGGUCGCCACCCGGCCCCACCUUCGCCUUCGGCCACGCCGCGCGCGUGACACCCAACCGCGUCUGCUGCAACGCGCUGCUGGCGGCCUACGCGCGUGCGCGCCCGCCCCAGUGGCAGCGCGCGGUGCACCUGCUGCGCGCGAUGUGGGAGGGCGGGCCCACGCUGGCCCCCGACGCGGUCAGCUUCAACACCGCGCUCAAGGCCUGCACCAACGCGGGCGAGCUGGACCGCGCGCUGGAGGUGUUCAAGGAAAUGGGGUCGCGCGGGCUGGGCCACUGUGAGGAGCCGCAGUCGCCGCUGGGCACACCCUGGCUGGGCAGCGUGGGGACUCCCAAGCACGGCACCCACCCAGGCCCUACCACGGCCCUGAACACACUGAUCUCCGGGUAUAUGAAGUCUGGGCAGUACCACAAGGUGCGCUCCUUCUUCUUCGACCUGCUGGGGUCGGGGCAGGCCCCCUCCCCCGCGCUGAUGCACGCCAUGCUCACCGCCUGUGGCGCCAGUGGCGCCUGGGCUGACGCGCUGGAGGCCAUGCGCGCGGCGCUGGCGGGGGGCCUGGAGGGCGGCCUCGCCCCCGGCACCCCCCUCUUCAACGCGGUGCUGGCGGCCACGGGGAACCCGCAGCAGGUGCUGGCGGUGCACGACCUCAUGCUGGCCCAGGGCCAGACGCCCGACGCCGCGGGGGCCCUCACCAUCCUGCAGUCCAUGCUGCAGCUGGGGGAGGUGGGCAAGGCCGCCUUCCUGGCGCACUCGCUCCUGUCCCAGGGCGUACAGCUGGAUGCGGAUGUGUUCACCUCCCUCAUCUCGGCCUGCAGCCUGCUGGGAGCCUGGGAGCCGGCGCAGUCGCUGUGCGCCGCGGCAUCCGCCGCUCAGUUGGCGAGCGCGGAGCCGGCCUACAACCACCUGCUGAGCACGGCCCUGACUGCGGGGCAGUACAACGUCAUGGUGGAGGUGCUGGGCCAGAUGCAGGAGGCCAGGCUGAACCUGCCGUCCGCGGCGCAGUCCCCCCCCUCCCCCUUCCUUCCCCUGGGGACCGUGCCAGGCCUGAACCCCGGCCCCUUUGCCUCCAUCGAGGAGGCCAACCGGGAGCUGGAGGGCUGCAUCGGGCGGCUGGACCUGGAGGCCACCAUCCACUUGCUCACUCGCAUCCAGGACUCGGGUCUGAGCGCAGACGCGACCACCUACCGGCUGCUCAUCCUCUCGGCCUCCAGGACGGACCAGGCCCACCUGGCGGUGCAACUCUGCUCCCAGGCACACACCCUGGGGGUGUUCAAGCACUAUGUGCUGCCGGGGCAGUCGGGGAGCGGCUGGGUCAACCUCAGAGAUGCCGGGACAGAGGUCGGUGUGACCUCGGUGCUGACCUGGCUCACCCUGCUGAGUCAGCUGCACGUCGCCGGCAAGGACCUCGAAGACGAGACCAUCAGCAUCGUGACAGGCGCUGACGCGGCGGGGCUGCAGCUGCAGGACAGCCUGAAGGUCAUGUUGACCACCGGGCAGGCCCCCCUCAAGGCAUUCAAGGGGCUCGUGCCACUCACCCUGCCCAGUGAUGCUCUGGUCGUAUCAGAAAGUGCUCGAGGCGUGGUCAGCAUCUCCACUCGCGCUCUUUACAGAGCCAUGCCUCUGUGA